CGAGUAAACCGAGUACUACUCGGACCAAAACUGCCAUGCCUAGUUAUGAGAGGUCCCGUUGAUCAGCUGAAGUCAUGGCGGCAGUGAUCACCGGUGCCAGGCUCCUCCUACGAUCCUCCUGCAGUGCCACCAUUAACAGAGGCAUAUCUUCGUCAGCUCGGGUGUUUGGCAUCAAGUCACGAUGGGUGGCACCGAUGUACAGGACGCUGAAACACAGACACACAAGAAUGAAGAGUUUAGGGUUACUGCCAUCAAGCAAGAGGAGUGAGUUCAUUGAAUGGAAUUAUGAUGCUGAGUUAUACGCAUUUGGCAAGAGGCUACAGGAAGAGUUUGAUGGUGACGCCCUACGUGAGGCCCUGACUGAUGCCUCAUACAUUACCAAGGAGAUGCAGCGGCAGCAGGAACUUGGUGUGAGUGACCCGGGCCUGGCCAUGAGCAACAACAAGGAGCUGGCGGCCAAAGGAGAGACACUCAUCACUCAGUAUUGCUUUGGGUACCUUCGAGCUGCCUUGCCCCUGCUGCCGGAGGAGGGAAUCAGUGCACUGGUGGACUACUUGCUGAGUGAAGAUGUGAUGUCAGCUGUUGGUUAUGGGAUUGGUCUCCGAGAUCUGAUAUUGUGUGAGGAGCACCCACCUUCUUCCUCAACAAUGGCGAGGUGCUUCCAUGCGGUGGUUGGGGCACUGAGUGUGUCCUCGCCUGCUCUACAGUGCCAAGCCUUCGUGCGAGACUUUGUAGUGGCACAGCUGGUGGGCAAGGACAUUGAUGCCAUCUGGAAGGUUGAGAAUCCCAUGGGAGUGUUGGCAGACAUUCUCCACCAGAGUGGCCAAGGAGAACCGGAGCCCAGGCUUAUCUUCCAGUCUGGGCAAGAGACCCUUCAGGCUGUGUACCAUGUGGGAGUGUAUUCAGACAAGAAGUUCAUGGGAUCAGGUUAUGGAGAGACUGUGGAAACUGCAGUGAAGGAGGCAGCUCACGAUGUCCUACGGAAACUAUUCCAGAUUACAGACUCUGCAAACCCACUGCCUUUUGGGAAGGAUGCAGAUGUGCUCCCUCUUAAGACUGAAGCCAGUGUUUCCUUAGAUAACUGGUCUAUUGAUAAGACUAAAAACAUUAUCUCAUGUUAGUGUCUUGUGUCAGUGAGGCAUUAUGAUAGUUAAGGUUUUUUUUACUUGAAUGAUUUACUCCAACAAUGUAAAUAUUGUAAUAAACCUAUUAAGUUAAGAAAA